AUGCAGGGCUUCAACAUGGGCCGAUAUUACCCUCCCGACGCCACCAACCCGCCAACCUUCAACUCCUCCUCCCACCCCCUCGGCACCCGCGCCCGAAAACUCCCCCAAGGCAUCCUCACCGUACGCUUCGAACUCCCCUUCGCCGUCUGGUGCAACACGUGCAAACCCUCCGCGAUAAUCGGCCAAGGCCACGCCCGUGUGGAGUUUCCGGAUGAAACAUUCGGCGUGCGGGGGGUGGUGGGAGAUACGUACGGAUCCGGCGAAGAGCGAGUUUGGCGCGAUCCGUACGAUGUCAACGCUAAACUCCGCGGCGAGUUUCGCAAGAAGAGGAAGGUAUGGAGGAAAGAAGAUAGACACAAAGAAGGUAUGCAAGAGAAAUUCAGCCUGGGGCUGGAUAUCGCAGAUGAAACAGAGGGCGAUCGUACGCGCGCUGCGCUGGUGGAAUUUGGCGCCGCUGGUGGUGACGCCGGGACUUGGAAACCACUAUUCAGUGAUUCGACAAAUACAGAGACAGCGGUUGAACCGGUUCAGAAAACGAAAAAGUUAAAAGCAGAGGCCAAGGCGGAGGAGAGUCGGUUGGGCUUGCAGAAGAGGCUUAUUACUAACACUAAAGCGGCGGUUGAUCCUUUUUUGCUGAAGGAUGGUGGUGGUCGGGCGAAGGAACGUGUUAAUUUGGGGAUAGUGAAGAGGAAGAGAGAGGGGAUAGAAGGGGCUGGAGCUUCAGCCAUUCCGCCUGUUGCUUCGACUGCGAAAGCGGACAAGGAAGGGACGAGGAAGAAACCGGAUAUUAUGGCGGCGUUGGUGGGGUAUGAUUCUGAUUGA